AUGCAAUCCCCGGAAGGCAAAUGGGAUCAAAGCAUUACGCAACAGGCCAAGGACAAAUUCUUCAAACAACAGGUCGAUUGGGAGCUAGAUGCACUAGAGCAAGCAGACGUCAUAUGUUUCUUCUUCGACACCGAGACCAAGAGCCCAGUGUCUUUGCUCGAGCUAGGUCUUUGGUCUGCCUCCGAUAAGGUUGUCGUUUGCUGCGGAGAGGAAUACUGGAAAGCAGGAAACGUCCAGCUCACGUGUAAGAGAUACGGUAUCACGUGUGUCGAGAAAUUCGAACAAUUGGUACCCUUGGUCGAGGAGAUGCUUAUCGAGAAGGGCAUGAAACUUGACAAAGGCAACUUGAUCGGAGAGAACAUACACGUGCCAAAAGAGAAGCCAAAGAAGAAGACGCAGCUUGAGGCGGAGAAGGCGCAACUUAAGGCAAAGAACGCGCAACUUGAAGCAGAGAAGGCCGACUUGCAGAAAGAAGUUUGUGAAUUGCUAGCCAAGCUGGCGAUACAGCCAGAGAUGUGA